AUGCUUUCGUCCUCGGCCUCUUCAUCGUCACCACCAUCAUCUUCGAUAUCUGACACUGAGGUGGCUAAAUUCAGUGAACUCUCCAAAACUUGGUGGGAUCCCAAAGAGAAUCCACUCAUUGGAAUGAACAGCAUUCGUGUGGGAUACAUCAUGGAUCAAAUGUCAACAGAGCGUUCUUUGAAGGGGAAACGAGCAUUAGAUGUUGGUUGUGGAGGAGGCCUAUUGUCAGAAUCUUUGGCACGAUUGGGUGCCAAGGUGACCGGAGUGGAACCUUCCCUAGCACUGGCCGAACAAGCCCGACUUCAUGCAGAACUGGAUCCUCGCACUCGUACCAUUGACUACCGCGGAGGAUGGACGGUGGAACAACUAGCCAUCGAAGUAGAACAAUCCGAUGCCGAAAAAUAUGAUAUGAUAUGUUGCUUAGAAGUAAUUGAGCAUGUGGCAGACGUGGAUUCCAUUCUUUCGUCCAUGCAACGACUCUUGAAACCCAAUGGAAAACUGUUCUUGUCCACGAUCAAUCGGACCACCAAAAGCAAAGCGGUGGCCAUUGUGGGCGCCGAAUAUAUCAUGCGAUAUUUACCAGUAGGGACACAUGAUUGGAAUCAGUUCAAGUCUCCCGAGGAAGUGCGGGCCUUGGUAGAAGCAAGUGGGCUGCAAGAAGUCGACGUUCAGGGAAUGAUACUGACAUCUCCCCCCUUUCAAGGCCGAUGGGAUUGGGCACUAUCGACAGACGAUACAGAUAUAAAUUGGAUUGGCACAUAUCGAUUGGCUUCUGGGGAAGAUGAUACUACAUCAUCCUCAAAUGAAUAG